CCCCCAGCUUUGUCUUCUCCUUCAGAGCUCAUUGACAGCGAGUGCACUGGUUGCCUUGCUCGAUUUCUUACGUCCAGUCUACUUAACGGCCGCGAUCCUUCUACGACCUUCCCCAUCCAACCACCAGCUCUCCCAUUCCUCCAGAAUCCCACCGUACUCGCUCAAGAUGCGUUUCUCCAACUUCCUGCCUCUUGCCAUCGUCGCCGCCGCGUCCGUUGCGGUAGCGCGUCCCGUUGAUGAUUACAUGUUCGCUGCUCGCAGCAACAGCGAAGUCGCUCUGUCGGAGCGCGACCUCCAGAUCAUCAGCCACUUCGCGCGGGAGUACCUCGCGGCCCGCAGCGACGCAGACCUUUACCUGUCGGCGCGCUCAGACUUCGAAGACGGCGACCUCUUCGAGCGGGAGUACCUCGAGCCCGGGCUGGUCGCCCGGGGCCCGCUUGACCAGCCCCAGCGCGAACACUACAGGACAUUCGACGAGUACGAGAAGGCGUUCCUCGAGUGGAACGCGCGGAUGCGCAAGAUGGACCACGCGGGCAAGAAGAUCCUGAACAAGAACGAGGCGGCGUACAACAAGCACCAGGGUGGAUCGUCGAAGAGUGGAGGGUUGAGCAAGCUAUUUGGGAAGAAGAAGGCGUAGAGUACGCUAUACGGUACUAGCUGGAAGGCGGAAUGACUGCAAGGUCGUUCGCCCCUUGGACUGCGAAUGGAUAUCCGUUUUCGGGAUGUCUUCGGAUGUAUCAGCAAGGCCUACGCAUGUACACUGUGCAGGCUAGAAAUGAUCCUUGAGUAAGAAUCCAGACAAAUAGGCUGACGACGGGAGCGCUAUUCAAUCGUGCGCGUGAUCGGCGACACAUGGACCAGCUCCUGGUGCUAAAUACGGUGUGUAAUUAGCCUGACAAGAAGCAGCUCCUCCGAUGGCGACAUCCGCUCCCCGUGGAUCCGACCAAGGACUUUCUGGGCCUUGCACUCGAACAGCACGUUGUCGCAACUUUCUUACGAGCAUAGGAAUGC